AUGGUGCUGUGCAUCCCUCCAACAGUCUUAUUGAACGUGUUAGUUCUAAUUGGUAUUUACAAGACUCCCUCCUUACAUACACCUAACAAUGUUCUCCUGUGGGGUUUGGCUUUAACCGAUCUCGGUGUAGGUGUUUUGGCGAUGCCUCUAUUUACAGUUAAAUAUGUUGCUUUUUACACCAAAAAUCAUGGUUUAUGGUGUGAAAGUUUGGCAUUGCUGACAAAAGUGCUACAGCCACCAUUUUGCGGCAUUUCAAUUGCAACUUUGACGUUAAUCAGCAUCGACCGUGUGAUAGCCCUUAAGUUUCACCUACGAUAUGCCAGCAUGGUAACCACUCAUCAUUUUACAGCAGCGCUUGUUAUCGUUUGGAUAAUGGCUUUCACCAUCUGCUUGACGUAUCUGAUUAACGUUAAUAUCAUACAUUGGUCUACUGUUUUUAUAUUCGGUGUAUGUCUAAUAAUCUGCAGUUCUAACAACACUUUUAUUCUUCGAACUCUCCAUCGUCAUCGUGUGGACAUACAAAGACAGCACGACCAAGUGCAAAUAAAUGUGCAUAGCGCGGAGAUGGCUCAGAGAAGGAAAUCAUCUCGCAACAUGUUAUGGGUUUAUUUAAUGUUUAUUGUGUGCUACGUACCGUUUCUAGCAAUGAGAACAGCAAGGAACUACAAUGGAACCAACACGGAUAUGCUACAUGCAGUUUAUGAAAUAUCAUACGCGCUUACUUUCCUAAAUUCCUUGAUCAAUCCCGUGUUCUAUUGCAUUAGGAUGAGACGAUUGCGAAAAGCAAUGUUAAGUUGGAUACCAAUWACUCAAAGUCAGUUUUGUUGGGUUUGCAACCGAGUGAAAAUGGAACCAAACACCUGAAUGUCAAAAUGAAAUUGAUUGUUGUCAUUUUCA